UCCUGUCAAUGCCAAAUUAAAAGCGAGGAAAAAUGGCAACUACAACUUUGCCCGUUGUUCCUCCGAACAAUUCUCAAACAAAUUUAGAAAAAAUCGAGAGUUUCUUCAACGACUCGGCAUAUAAAGAAAUCCUAGAGUCCUCGGUCAACUUCAACACGAGACUAUGCAUCGAAAGAAGACUCAGACUGCCUUUUAUAGACACCCAAACGGGCGUAGCUCAAAACCACUGCUCCCUAUUCAUGCACAAAAGACAAAGACUGCCUGGGAUCCUCCCUGGUCAGAUUUAUUCCUACCCCAGACAACGCUGGAGGAAGAAAAGGAGACAGUACUUGACAAUGAACGCCAGGGCUUAUGCCAGGCAUGCCGAAUAUCUCGAUGGUGAAAGUGAUAUUCACAGUAUUAGCCAGAUAGAGAAUCCGGCAUUGCAGGAUACUGAUAGUAAAGAUAGUCAGUUAUUGUCUGGAGAAGUGUCUAAGGAAUGGUUUUAUGAUGAACAAGACAUGUUGGAAAUGGAUACCUAUGAUGAACCGGAUCCAGAUUCUGAUUUGGAUUACGAGGAAACAUACAGUAAAAGAAGGAAGGGUAGAAAGGGUGCUGGCAGGGGUCGUUCCGGUACUGAUUCGCCGAGUACCCCGGGCCGUAAGAGGGGCUCAGGGCGCGGUCGGGGUAAAAAGGGGGCACUAGCGGGCCACAACUUUGAACCCACUCCUGGAGAUCCCGAUAAACCUUUUGCAUGCGAACUGUGCGGCGCGCGCUACAAAACCCGCCCAGGACUGACCUACCAUUACGCCCACUCGCACAAAGACGGCGCUAGCGACGAAAAUUCGCGCGACAGCGCCACGGCCUCGCCUAUAGUCCCGCCCAAUCCCAAUAGCAACAGCGGCAGCAGUGGCGCGGCGGGCGUGGCUCAGUCGGCGUUCGCGGCGGCUCCGCCUAAUCCCGCCGUUCCCUCGGAAGGUCCCGCCUCCACGGCGCCGGCUCAGGGCGCGGUCGCAGGGCAGGCUCCUCCCACCACGGGCUCGGCAGCGGCAGCAGCAGCGGCGGCGGCGGCCCUGGGACAGGUCUAUCAAGACAGCUAUGUGUCGUUUUUGAACCAGACACCCGGAACGCCUGGUCGUCGAGGUCGCCAGCCGAAUCAACCGGCCACCGGCAUGUCUCCGGGGCCUCCCCCAUCCAACAACGCUCCUCCCGCCUUGCCCUCGCAGCCAAUGAACGUGCAGAGUCCGGCUCCGCCCACUCUACCUCCGAACCUGCCUCCUCAGCAGCCUGGAACUUCGAGCAGCGCCGUGGAAGACCCGCCUAUGCCGGUGUUGAAGCCGGAGAAGGCGUUGGAGACCACGCCUCUUCCGCCGAUGGCGCCGGAACCCAUGGGAGGUCCUAGCGGUAUGAUGGGGAUGAUGGGAGGUGACAAGAAGGUCCCGCCUAGUCCGUACUGCGAUUUCUGUCUAGGGGAUUCGACGCAGAACAAGAAAACUGGAGGAAUGGAGGAGUUGGUGUCUUGUUCGGACUGUGGACGAUCAGGUCACCCCACAUGUCUUCAAUUCACCGACAACAUGAAGAUUUCCGUCAAAAAAUACAGAUGGCAGUGCAUCGAGUGCAAGUGUUGCUCGAUGUGUGGCAAUUCGGACAAUGACGAUCAGUUGUUGUUUUGUGAUGACUGUGAUCGCGGUUAUCACAUGUACUGUCUGUCACCACCGCUAGAGAAUCCACCUGAGGGAUCAUGGUCUUGCAAUCUUUGUAUCGAACAGUUUCAUAACAAAUAAGAGAUAUUUUUCAAGCCCUGUCACUGUCUCUAUCUCUUUUUUGUCUCUGAAGACUAAAAACACUUCCAUUUGUUCUUAAAAUUAUUAGAAAAACGGCUGUUUAAAAAAAAAGAUUUCAUUAUCUAUUAUUUUUUACUUUUCUAUAUGUCCUAUUCAUUUAUAAACUUCUCUGUAGGUACUUAAUGUAAAAUUAAAAAAAAUAUUUGUUUAGAAGAGUACUUAAUUUUUUAUAUACUCGUACAUAAUUGUAUAGAUUUUUUGUUCAAGUUCCCGAAAGGUACUAACUACAAAUAUAUUUAACUCUGUAAAGAUUCGUAAGCGCUUAAAUUUGAAGAAAUAUAUACGAUAUAUGCUUAAAAAAUACUUAAAUAUCUCUUAUUAAUCUUAUUUUUUCUUUUUUGAGUGAUAAAGUUUCAAAAUGAUUUUUUUUUAUAUAAACUUCUACCUCUACAAUAUUUAUGU